CACACACAAAAGGUUAAGUUAGAACACAUCAAACCAUUAUAAAUGCAUGUCCAACAUCAAUUACUAGUCACAUACACUUGAAACUGUGCCCAAAAUGGCUUGUUUUCUCAUACACACACUCUUCACCUUCUACUUCACAUUCUUCUCAACCUUGAUCAGCAACACCGAUGCAGCUUUCUCUGAGGAAGUCUCUGAAGCCAUAGCGAUAAAACGCAUUGAAAAAACUUCCCACCUCCAUUUUUAUUUCCAUGAUAUUCUGAGUGGAAAACACCCAUCCGCUGUGCAAAUUGUUACCGCGCCCAACAGUACCACAGGGUUUGGUAGUACUAUGAUGGCUGACGAUGCUCUGACUGAAGGGCCUGAUCUGACAUCGAAACACAUUGGAAGAGCUCAAGGAAUCUACGCUGUUGCGUCGCAAAGUGAAUUUUCGCUACUUUUGGUUAUGAAUUAUGUGUUUGAAGAGGGCAAGUAUAAUGGAAGCGGCAUUAGCAUCCUUGGGAGGAACCCUGUGCUUAAUGAUGUUAGAGAAAUGCCAAUUGUUGGAGGCUGUGGGCUUUUCCGGUAUGCCCGGGGCUAUGCAUUGGCGCACACAAUUUGGCUUGAUUACAAGACUGGAGAUGCCACUGUUGAGUACAAUGUGUAUGUGAUGCACUAUUGAAACUUGUAUGAUUUUGCUAGUAUUGUUAGGGUCAAGUUUGAUGGUCAGGUUGAUCUUAAAAUUAUUGUAGUUGAUUAUGCAUUUUUUUUGCUUUGUUUUGUUUCGCAGUUUGGCCAAUGUAACAUGUACAAUAAAUUAUGACCAAGUAGAGCUAAUAAAUUUUCGUAUGUUCUUAAUCA